UCAAAUAAAUCACCAAUAGUAAUACAAAGACCCGGAGUUGAUUUGGAUGGAGCCUGCAAGUAGCUCUAACAUGACUACGCUAGAGCUCGUACGUAAGCGACGAAAGUCAUUCGGUCAUCGAUUGCGCGAGCCGAGCCGAAUUCAGGGGCAUACUUGUAGAGCUCUUCCAUAUCAACCAUGAUUUGCUUUUCUAAACCUCCACAACUGCCCCUGAGCUGCGAAGCUCUACCUGCAUCAUGCGAACUUCAAAGCUUUCGCAAGAGACCACCAAAUUCCUCAAUGCGACACGCUCAAGCCGCCGCAGCACUCGUUCCUCCCUCUCGAACCUUGCAAGCUCUUUGAUAGACUCGGACGAAGCAACGAAUGGACCAGUCGACAUCGAAGAUGCUAUUCCCACGACUCGAAAGCGCAAGAGGGAGCCUACGCCCCGCACGCCUAUCAAGAAGUCCCCAAAUAAGACGGUAAUCAAGACCGAGACCGAGGACACCCUCACUUUCUCGCCAUCUCCAGCGAAAGCUUCCAGAGUCCGCAAGCCGGCACGUCAGAUCAAGAAUGAAGAGACGGGUGAAGUGGAAGUCCAGCCACCCAAUGACUGGGCUGAGGUCUAUGCCACUAUGAAGGAAAUGCGCAUUACGGGGUCUGCUACCAAUGCCGCAGUCGAUACGAUGGGCUGUGAGCGUAUGGCACAAGCGCAUGUUACUCCCAGGGUCAAACGAUUCCAUACGCUGAUUGCCCUGAUGCUGUCAUCUCAAACGAAAGAUACUACGAAUGCAGUUGCCAUGAACAGGCUGUACAAUGAACUUCCGGCGUGGAAAGAGGGCGAGGAGAAGGGCUUGACGUUGGAAAAUAUACUGGCUGUUGAUCCGAAGUUGUUGAAUGAGUUAAUAUGGGUUGUCGGAUUUCACAACAAUAAGACAAAGUAUAUCAAAGCUGCGGCAGAAAUUUUGAGAGAUAAGUGGAAUGGUGACAUCCCUGACAGUAUUGAAGGCCUUAUGUCUCUGCCCGGAGUAGGCCCUAAGAUGGCGUACCUCUGUCUCAGCGCUGCUUGGGGUCGUACCGAAGGAAUUGGAGUUGAUGUACACGUCCACCGCAUCACCAAUAUGUGGGGAUGGCACAAAACCAAGAACCCAGAAGAAACUCGGCUGGCUCUCCAAGCUUGGUUACCAAAAGAACUGUGGCACGAAAUCAACUGGUUGAUGGUCGGUCUUGGCCAGACGAUUUGUCUCCCUGUAGGAAGAAAGUGUGGUGAUUGUGAAUUAGGGUUGAGUGGUUUGUGUAAGGCUGCCGAGAGGAGCAAAGUGACGUUGGGGAGAAAAAUCAAAGAGGAGAAGAUCAAAAAGAGUGAGGAAGGAGAGGUGGUGGAGAAGACGGAGACCGUUAAGAUCGAGGAGGUAGAUGUGGGAGAAGUCCCUGUGAAUGCCGAUGGAGAUGCGAAAGUGGCUGUUGAGGGUAUGCCCGAGGGCGAUGUUACUGAGGGUAUGACGAAGGAGGAGGAGGAGGAAGCAUUGGAUGACAUUGCGAACGCGCCUGGAGAUCUGAAGAAGACUCCCAAUAAGAAGCGCACCAAGAGAUGAGAUAUGUAUGAAUGUACCAGGUCAUGUUGUAUAUUCUCUGUAUAUUGUGUAUAUUACAUAUAUUCUGUACGAAGACUUCAGCAAAGAAUUGGCUUUAUUAGCCUCGGAUACAAC